AUGGACCCCACUCAAUGGCGCGAGAGUGUCCUGUCCACGCGCUCAUUAUCCUACAUCAGUCAGGCCGGCAGCCUAAUAGCCCAAUCUCCAGGCAUUCAACAAGGCCCCGCAGGCAGACAAACGAGCGUAUCGUACUUCCGCCAGCCGACACGGACGAGCACGCUGAACAGCACGAGCGAGUACUCAGAAGAAGGAGAGGACUUGGAGAUGGCAGACGUGAAGAAGGAAGAGCCGGUUGGGCUGAGCAACAUACCUGAGCUCCCGGAGAGCGUGGCCAACUCGCUGCUGUUUGAGCUACCCAGGGAGAUUAGAGACAGGAUAUACUCCAUGUGCCUCACGGCGGAGGACGGCAUGCCGGUCGAGUGGCCGCGACCGCGAGAAGUAUCGGGCUCGUAUGACCUGCAGCCUCAAUUGCUACGGACGUGCAAGAUCAUCCACGACGAGUCGGCGCCCUUACUAUACACGAUCAACAACUUGACGUUUCACCAUCCGUCAGACGCGAACAUGUUUGUGCAUGCAUUUGCGUCCUCGCCGAUGUACGGACGUCAAAUCACGAACCUGAGCCUCCAUAUCAAAGCGCAGGAUAUGCGGUUAUGGAUGCCGUACCUGACAUCUACGGACGAAGUGAGGAGUUUGAAGGCGGAUUUCCCGAAUUUGAAGGAAUUGGGUGUGCGGUUUCGGAGUAACAAGUGGCAACAUCAACAUCCACCGGAGAUCAACCUCAAGAACUGGUGUGAGGAUAGUCGGCUGGACGAGGUGAUUGAUGGUCUGCGGCAUGUCUUCCUGCCAGGGACGCCUCCUGAUCGAGGUCAGAUCAGCGAUAGGGAGUUCCAACAAUACAUGGCGCGGAAUCCCACUGCCUUCGAAGAUGCAGAUGUCAACACACAGUUCAGGAAACGAAUGAUGGAGCUGCACAAGGCUCGAAACAUCCUCAAAGGACCGCGACAGGAUGCGCCAAUUAUUCGUGUCUGCUGUGCGUGCCGAGUCCAUGCUACACAUUUCACGGCACUCACGACCCCGAAUGCUAUGGAACCCCGGCCUCAAGUGGACGCGAAUGGCGAGCCUCUGCCCGAUAUGCCCGUGCCUGUCCGCGAUGGUGAGGCUUUCCGUGGCUUUACUGCCGUUGAUCUGCAGAAUGGUAUCAAGCGGUUAUACGAUCCAGAUCUCGGCUCUGCGAACGUGGCCCGCACGCCGUACGCUGAUAAGGGACGCAUUCUCAUCGCAUUGGAGAUUCACUGCUUAGAUCCAAAGAAGGACAACGCAGAGCGCGCUGCAUGA